UCAUUUCGUGCGGCAGCUCGGUCCUGAGGAGACGGGGCUCGGCAGCGGCCGAGCGGGGAGGAGGGAGGCACCGGCUGCGGCACCGAGGCAGGAAGCGGCGGCUGCUGGGGGGGUGGGGGGGAGGGGAAGAAGACAGAAAAAAAAAAAAAAGAAGAGGCAAAACAAGGCAGCGGCGAAGGCUUCGCGCGGAAGACCCGUCGCGGCUACCGAAGCGCCUUCCGACUCCCCGGAGCCGGUGUCGCUCUCGCCCGUCCUCCCCCCCAACCCCCGCCUUCUGUCGCUGUCGCCCGUGGAGCCUCCCCCCUCCUUCCACCUCCCGGCACAGCGUCCCCCCCGGCGAGCCUCCGGUGCCCGGCCGGUGUACAUGAGGGGGACGGCAGCCCGGCUGGAGCCCAGAAGACGCGCAGCAGGGGAAGGACUGUGCCGAGGAGCCGCCGCCGGACCCCGCGCCCCGGUUAGUCCCGCCGGGCCCCCCCUCCGCUGCGCCAGGCGGCCGAGACCCCGUCCCGUCACCCCCGGGCGAUUCGGGAGAACCGGUUAAACACCUUCCAUGGGGGAGAGAGGAGCCCGGCCCCCCGCCGCCUGCACCUUCCCCUCCCUGCCGGAGCCUGCGCCUCUCCUGAGGUAAAACAAACCCCUCCUGCCUUCCCCGACUCUUGCGAGGGAGGGGGGGACACCGCGGGGGGCACCCCAGAGACACCCGGGGCCUGGCGAGCCCGGCCCGGCCCGGCCCUGCCCCGCUGGACAACGCGUCCCCGCGGAGGAAAAAACACCCCCGGACGGAUCCAGCCCCGGGGGAACCCACGGAUCGCGGUGGAAGGAGGUGAGAGCCCCGCACCGCAAACCGCCCUCCCGGCAGCAGCGAGAGCAAGAAAAAAAACAACCUCCUUCCCCUUCCUCCUGCACAACUCGCCGUCCCCUCCCUUCCCUUUUCCCGAACGCUGUGGUGUUUUUUUCUGAGAUGAAAAUCUUCCUCUUCAGACAGCCGGGACUCGUAUGAAGGGACACGCGAAUAUUGGAUCGUAAAUAAGAAGCGAGUCUGGCGAGCUCAGAAACCCAGCCCAAAAGGAGCAGCAUCAAGAAUCCACCCUUCUGCACAACUCACUCCCCACCCAGCACACAUAGAAUACUAAUUUCCUGAGAUAAGAUCUUACCCCUUUAAACAACCACACACGCGCAUACACACACACACAGUGUAUAUUAUUACUAAAUAUAAUAGGUUAAAACUAAUAGAACGGGAAAAAGCUUCUUCUGUAACUCACCCCCUGCUUUUCACCUGAGUGCUGAGAUACGUUUUUCCCUUACCCACAGCAAAGACUCUUUUUGAACAGGACACAAAUAUAUAUUAGAUUAUAGAGAUGUAUUAAAUUAUUCCAGAUUUAAAUCUAUUUUUUGCUGCCAAGGGGUUGGGGGACCAGACAUCAUUGUAUAUUUUUUUUUUUGCUUCCCUCUUAACUCAUUUAUGGGCGAGUCGAGGCUGCUGAGGAGGAAAAAAACAGGAUAGUUAGAGUCUCUUUAUCCUUAUUCCUCAGAAGCUUUUUCUCUCAUUGCAGUGCAUUUCCUUUAGAAAAAGGAAACCUCUUAUUUUGUGAACCAAAGAUUUAUUUUUCCCUUCCUCCUGGCCAAAGGAAGGAAACGGACACAAAUUGACACGUUUUAAUAGUUGAAGAGAUCUGUCUUGUGCAAAAAAAAAAACCCAAACAUCUUUAUCCAAAUCUGAAAUAAAUACUGUGGAGGGAGAAACUGGAAUAUCUAGCUAAAAACCGGAUACUUACAAAUCUCACCUCAGAAGAGGACGAGAUAAACACUAAACAUCAACUUGUUCUAACAGGGAGGAUUCAAACCCUAAAUAUAAUAAAUGGGGGAUUACGGGUUUGGAGUGUUAGUGCAAAACAACACUGGAAAUAAGUCAGCUUUUCCAGUCAGAUUUCAUCCCCAUCUGCAGCCUCCACACCAUCAUCAAAAUGCAGCCCCCAGCCCUGCUGCUUUUAUAAAUAAUAACACAGCUGCCAAUGGCAGUAGUGCUGGGUCAGCUUGGCUCUUUCCUGCUCCAGCUGCCCAUAAUAUUCAGGAUGAGAUUCUGGGGUCAGAAAAAUCUAAAACUCAGCAACAGGAAAAGCAGGAGUCCCUAGAAAAACAGCAGCUUUCCCCUGGCCAAAGUCAGGAAGCAGGCAUGCUCUCUGAACCUGAGAAAACUAAAACUGAGGAAAAUCAGGGCGAUAGUUCUUCAGAGAACGGCAAUGGAAAAGAGAAAAUACGAAUCGAAUCGCCGGUGUUGACAGGAUUUGAUUAUCAAGAGGCUUCGGGGCUGGGUACUUCGACACAGCCCUUGACAUCCACUGCAUCUUCUCUGACUGGUUUUAGCAACUGGUCUGCAGCUAUAGCUCCUUCUUCUUCUACAAUAAUCAAUGAAGAUGCAAGUUUUUUUCACCAGGGAGGGGUCCCUGCUGCCUCGGCUAAUAAUGGUGCUCUGCUGUUUCAGAAUUUCCCACAUCACGUCAGCCCUGGCUUUGGUGGUAGCUUUUCCCCCCAGAUCGGACCCCUUUCUCAGCACCACCCUCAUCACCCCCAUUUUCAGCAUCACCACAAUCAGCAUCAGCAACAGAGGAGGUCUCCUGCAAGUCCUCACCCGCCUCCCUUUGCACAUAGAAAUGCUGCUUUUAAUCAAUUGCCUCAUUUGGCUAAUAAUCUUAACAAGCCACCUUCUCCGUGGAGCAGCUACCAAAGUCCAUCGCCGACCCCCUCUUCGUGGAGCCCCGGUGGCGGUGGAUACGGUGGGUGGGGGGGGUCCCAAGGCCGAGACCACCGCAGGGGACUGAAUGGAGGGAUCACGCCCCUCAACUCCAUCUCGCCCUUAAAGAAGAAUUUUGCAAGCAAUCAUAUCCAGCUGCAGAAAUAUGCUCGACCCAGCUCAGCCUUCGCUCCGAAAUCGUGGAUGGAAGACAGUCUGAAUAGAGCUGACAACAUUUUUCCUUUUCAGGAUCGCACACGGACUUUUGACAUGCACUCGCUGGAGAACUCACUAAUUGACAUCAUGAGAGCUGAAAAUGAUUCACUGAAAGGUCAGUCCUCGCUGUUUCCAAUGGAAGACGGGUUCCUGGACGAUGGUCGUGGGGAUCAGACUCUUCACAGUGGUUUGGGAUCCCCUCACUGCUUCUCCCACCAGAACGGAGAGCGCGUGGAACGGUAUUCCCGCAAAGUCUUUGUGGGCGGCCUGCCCCCAGAUAUUGAUGAAGAUGAGAUCACUGCUAGUUUCCGGCGCUUUGGGCCUUUGAUUGUGGACUGGCCACACAAGGCAGAGAGCAAAUCUUAUUUUCCUCCUAAAGGAUAUGCAUUUUUGCUGUUCCAAGAUGAAAGCUCUGUGCAGGCACUGAUUGAUGCGUGUAUUGAAGAAGAUGGAAAGCUCUAUCUUUGUGUUUCCAGCCCCACUAUCAAAGACAAACCGGUUCAGAUCCGGCCUUGGAACCUCAGCGAUAGUGAUUUUGUUAUGGAUGGUUCACAGCCUCUUGACCCACGGAAAACCAUUUUUGUUGGCGGUGUUCCUCGGCCCUUGCGAGCAGUGGAGCUGGCAAUGAUAAUGGAUCGGCUGUACGGAGGGGUGUGCUACGCUGGAAUCGACACGGACCCUGAGCUCAAGUACCCAAAAGGAGCUGGGCGGGUUGCGUUUUCUAAUCAACAGAGUUACAUAGCUGCUAUCAGCGCUCGCUUUGUUCAGCUGCAGCACGGAGAGAUAGAUAAACGGGUGGAAGUUAAGCCAUAUGUCCUGGACGAUCAGCUUUGUGACGAAUGUCAGGGGGCCCGUUGCGGUGGAAAGUUCGCUCCGUUUUUCUGUGCUAACGUUACCUGUCUGCAGUAUUACUGUGAAUAUUGCUGGGCUGCUAUCCACUCGCGCGCCGGCAGGGAAUUCCACAAGCCCCUGGUGAAGGAGGGAGGAGAUCGCCCGAGACAUAUUUCAUUCCGCUGGAACUGAUGGAUCGCUGCAGUGCUCAGACGCAGGCAAACUCCGAUUAAGUGCACUCUUCUGUUAUCCUGAUUGUCCCUACCCCGCCCCACCUUUUCUCUUACUCAAGAUAGCAUGUCCUUUUGUAGUAGUCUGUAAUUUAACAAUAGUAUAAUGAAAGAACGACCUAUAAUAUGGGUAUUUUGUAGAAUCUUGUCAUUGAAAACUGUAUUGGGAACUCCUUUUCGUAUCGAUAACACGUUGCGAGUUGCAUUCUCUUGUCUUUCCUACCGAGAGAACACUUAAUUUCAUGCAACAUUUUCUUAGAGGAGAGAAAAAUAUUGAGAAAAGAGAAUUGAAACAAUAGAGUAUUUUGGUUUUUUAAUUAAAUUAUUGUUAAUAAAGAACGUAAGAAUACUUUUAUUAAAAUAACUGUGUAACAAUAACACUAUCAGUCUGUUCUGACACUUUUCCCCCACGGAAGCCUGGUUUUGCCUCUCUUUUUGUUUUGCCUUUGGAUUUUUGCAGCAACAGAUGAAGUUAGCAUUUACUUACCACCAGGAAAGAGCAUGUUUAAAGCAACAAAAAUGCAUGAGCAAAGUUGAAGCAGCUUUAUAAUAAUGAUCUCUUUUUUAAGAAUCUGUUAAGGGUUUUGAGGCUGAAAUUUUAGCUCGGUGUGUACCUGACCGUGCCUGUGACUACCACUCACACCCAAUUACUGAUGAGAUAGGCAGAGCUUACUAUAUUUUCAUCAAAAUGAUUACAUUUUAAGAAUUGCUGAAUGUAAAAGUUGAGUAAAGCUACUACUGAGGGGGGAGUGCAGUUGUUUUUUUUCUUUAAAAGAAAUCAAUUGUGUGAUUACAGCCCUAGAAAUCCUACCAAAGCUAGAGUAAUGACAACUAGUUCACUGGCAUUUCCUCUCUUGAAGGAUAAAUAUAUAGAUUUUAUUUUUGAUGGCUAUAUAUAACUCUAUAUCCUAAUAUACUAACAUUCAUCAGGGGCCAGCCUUUGCUCUCCAUUUUGACGUAGAAAACCUAAAGAUACCUCAAGGAUAUCGCUGAUUUUUACUCAAGUUUUGAUAUUGCAUUGUGUCACACAACCUAAAAUUGGCUGCUUGUUUCUUUCCCGUCUUGGAUGCAAAGUUAGUGCUAAAUACUCUCGAAAUUUAGUUGUAAGAGAAGGCAUGAGCCGGAGUAGUUUCCACAUCUUGUUUUGCACUGUUUUCUGAAUUUGUGCAAGUGCUUAUGCCUUUCGUACUCUUCCUGUAGACAGGAUCCCAGCUAAGAAUCCACCUCUUCAGAACUUCAAACGGGGAGAUAAACACAGGUAUUUGAAGUGCCAACAGUGCUAGGUUAAUGCCCGCUUUACUAUCCGUACGUUCUACCUUGAGAAGCAUUAACGCAGCGCAUGUUAACGGAGCGAUAAACCAGAGCCGGGUGCAGGGCUUUAGUUGGAAAUAGUUGACUGAAGGGGUCGUUCUGAGCGUGGUGUUGCUUCCUCUCCACCCAGUGCCCCGGCCAGCUGCUCCGGUGCUCGUUUAGCAGUGUCCAAACGCCCCCGUUCAGUGGCAGUGUUCCGAACCGCGCUCGCAGCCCGGACCCCAAACCAAAGACUUGCCUCGGACCUGCUUGGGAACCUCCUGCCCCCCAACAGCCUCGGGCGGCCCCUCGUCCCCUUCCCACGUUAUUAUCUGUAUGAGAAGCAGUUUUGAUUUUCAAUACAGGCUUUAAUGAACUAUACCUUAAAGUUCCAAAGGUCAAAAUGGAGACAUUUGCUGUCUUACUAGUCAAGUAUAGAAAGGGAGCUGCUUUUACUGAAAUCCCUGAAAAUAUUGACAACAGUAAUGCAAAUGCAGAGUGCUCUUGUGUAGAUUGUCAGGGACUUUUUUUUCUCUGAAGUACAUAAUUCUAGUCGGAAUGUUCCUUUAGUUAUUUAACGCUUGUUGGUGGCUUGGGGUGUGAUUGUGCCGAUCCUACCCGGUGAACAGGUGAGAUGGGUUCACGUGACAAGAAAUAACACUGUUUGAGAACUAGCUUUGAAUAAUAAUUUUCCCUUUGUACAUGACCUGCUGAAUUUCGGUACAGUGUUUUUGUAGCUAACUUAUUUUGUCAUGCACAUAAUGUAUAUUUGUUAUGCACUACUUUUGUAUAUCUUGUUUUUCCAACAGUGAGCAUUUUUAGGCACACUUUUCACUGACGGGAUAUCUCUUUAUGCAAUACCUCAAUUUUUCAUAUUGCAAAGAGUAGCUUUUUGUACUUUUAUUACUGAGAGAUCUUCAUAUACUUCAUUUUUUAAUAUAAAUAAUUUUAAUAAAUUUUAUUUUCUUAUAUUCUGCUUUUUAUACAUUUCAGUGCUCUGCAUACAUUUUGAAUUAUGGAUGUUGUGCACUGGCAAUGCUAUUUUAGAAUCUGCAGAGAAAAGAAAGCAUGUUGCUUAAACAUCUUAGCCCAGCACCAGGUAUUUGGUGUACAUAUAAUUUAAGAAAUAGUAUAUGUAAAGUUGAGAAUUAAAGAAGAAAAGCAUGGAAGUGACAAACGACGCCGUCUUUAGACCCAUGAAGUUUAAAUGCGUAAAUAGAGUGUAGAAAUUUACGAGAGAAGAAACAUCGAAAUUGUCUACCGCUUCUUACCGAGUUUUUAAAAAUGAUACACAAACGCAGACGUUUUUGGUGAAUGUUUAGCCAUUUUUAAUAUUAAUACAAAAUUGAUGUUAGGUGUUUGAUGCAGAAACGUUGUCUGCUCUUUUAAAUUCUAUUUAAAGAGUCAAAGAGAGCCUGCCAGGCGGCGGGCGUGUAAUGUUAGUAUGCAUGACUAAUGUAAGAAAUCGUUAUUCUACUAAUAUUCACUUGUGAUUGUGUGACAAGCGUGUUUACAGAUUAUUUGGUUACACUUGGAUUUACAGGGCAUAAACAAUUCUAGACGUUACUCCGUACUUCAAUAGUGGUUCCACGGGAUUGGUAGCCGGGGUGACCGUGGAGCCCCCGCCGCGGCCUGGCUCGCCGGCCCCGCCGCGGCCUGGCUCGCCGGCACCACCGCGGCCUGGCUCGCCGGCACCGCCACGGCCUGGCUCGCCGGCACCGCCGCGGCCUGGCUCGCCGGCCCGGGGCUCUCAGUUGGGUUUGCAACGGGGUUCAGAACGCGCAUGUAGUUUUCCUCCCACUCGCAUGGCACCGGCCGUGUACUUACAGUGUAGUUACAGAGUAAUUACAUGGUUCUUUUCGCAAUGUAAAAUAAGGUGUUUCUGAUUAUUUUCGAUGUAGAGGAGCCCCACCGCCCCGUGCUUUUGGUAGAGUUUGAACUUCUCCAUACACAGAGCUCUGCAGAACGCAAAUUGAGAACUUGCAGUGAGUGAAUUGAGCGUUUUCUAAGGAUGCUGUUGGAAAGACUUGAUAAUUCACCCCUUUUGUUGUUGAAGAAUUAAAACCUUCUGUUAAAAGGUGAUUUAAAACUUGAAUGUGAUGAAUUGUGGCAAGUUGACUUCAAGUUAUGUGCAAUACCUAUUUCAGACUUCUGGAAGAUCUUUGCAGUGUAAUUCUUUGUUUUUAAUUGAAGACAUUUAAAAAUGUCAUUUUCUACUGUUCUAGUAAAUCCUCUUUCUUGCUGGUGUUUCUAAAGAAAAGAAUCAGAAAUCAAUCUUUCUACUAAUGUAAAUUUGAGAUUAUUUUUAAAAAAAAAGUGGAAUAAAAGGUUUGGGUCAUUUGCUUUAUUUUAUUAUCUUAUUUUAAAGCUACUGUGAUAGCAUUGUAAGAAUUGGGACAAUAUUGUAUUCAACUGUUUUAUUUUUUAUAUUUUAAAAUUUUAAAGUAUAAUUAGUUUUUAUAAUUUUCAUCAGAUUUUUUUGUUAUAUUUUUUGGAAGUGAAACUUUUAGCAAGUGGGUGUCUAGUUUUUACUAAUCCCUAAUAUGUUUUUCCCCCGAUGUAUUGCUCAUAUUAUCAGAAGGAAGAGUUAUUUAAGUAUGUCAGUUAAUUGUACUACUUGGCUGAAUUUCCAUAUAGUUUUUACUGUGUAUGGGGAGGUUGUAGUAUUUAUUAUAGCAUUUUAAAUAAGGGUAAUUCAUUUUUUAUUAAAGUCAUUUUCACGUUUAAGUUCAUAUUUUUGUAUGUUCUACUCUUAAGUUAUAUAACACAAGUUACUUUUUUUAAAGAGUUCAUUUGUUGAAGUGCUAGUGGAAAUUAAUGUUAUUAAAUAGUUUGCAAAUGACUAUUUAUACCAGUAUGCAUAUAAUUUUUAAAUAUUUGUAAUGUGAGAUGUUGAAUGAAUAAAACUUUUAACUCAA